AUGGCCAAUACCGAUCUAGAGGACAGGCGAUCGAGUUUAUCGCUGGAUUCGCUGGAAGAAAUUAGCGAUCCACUCCCAGUUUUCGAGAAUAAGGAGCAGGACCAAGGAGAACCAGAUGACCGCUUACAUCUGACCAAGGAACUGACUAAAACACUGACUUUGCCUCCGCUCGCCGAUGAUGAUCCCUUCUUUGAUCGGUUCUCAAAGCGAACAAAGACGCUCUUUGUGGGCAUCGUCAGUUUCACUUGCUUUUUGUCCCCAAUCUCUAAUCUUGCGUUCACUCCUGCUAUUCCAGAAGUCGCCGAGGCCCUGAAUACUACAUCGCAGAUGAUCAACGUCUCGAACGCAGUCUACAACGUCUUCAUGGCGAUAUCGCCAAUGAUACUUUCUCCGCUGGCGUCCCUUUAUGGCAAGAAGCCGAUCAUGAUUCUUAGCUCACUGGGCUACACUGUCAGCUCAAUCCUCACGGCUGAGUCACAAAAUUUAGCUAUGUUUUUUGUCUUCAGAGCGAUGAACGCAUUUUUCGGAACUUGUUGCUUCAGUGUUGGUGGAUCUAUUAUCGGAGACAUCAAGGUCCCGAAAGAGCGUGGCAGAGCCAUGAGUUGGGUCUUGAUGGGAACUCAACUGGGUCCUGCUUUUGGCCCGGUGUUAGGUGGCAUAAUUAUCACAUACACGAACUGGAGAGUUAUUUUCUAUGUCGUCACCGGACUAGGAGUGAUCAAUCUUCUCAUGAUUGUCUUCUUCCUCAAGGAGACAAGUAGAAUGGUGAUCUCCAAGGAAAUAGCCAAGAGAACAGGGAAACGGUUUGUUUUUGUCAAGUACAACCCGAUUAGAGUUCUUUUCGCUUUCCAAUACCUCAACUUGAUCAUCGCGGGAGUGAUCAGCUCCUCUAUCAUGUACAACAUGUUUGGCUUGCUGACUCCUAUCAGACACGUGAUCAACCCAAGAUUCAACCUCAACAGCCCUGUGCUUGGAUCGCUGUUUUACUUGGCUCCGGGAUCCGGACUUCUGCUCGGAGGACCAAUCGGGGGCAGAUUUGCAGAUUUCACAGUCAAGCGUUGGAUCAAGAAACGUGGCGAAAGAAUCCCUGAAGACCGUCUCAGAAGUGCCUCUUACUCUCUCGGAUUUGUGAUGCCUGUCUUUAUGAUCAUCUAUGGCUGGUCGCUGCAGAAAAAGGUAGGAGGCAUGGCUUUGCCGAUUGUCUCCAUGUUUUUCUACGCGGUUGGACAGACGAUUGCUUUCCCAUCCAUCAACUCGUAUUGUGUGGACUGUCUGCCCUCGCUGAAAGGUGACGCCAUCGCGUCCAACUACUUCGCGAGAUACAUUGUGGGAGGAUGUGUUGCGUCUGCUACCUGUUUGGUCCAAAUAGACAACAUUGGAAUCGGCUGGACCGCUACUAUCAGUGCGUUUGUCUCUUGGAUCGGAUUUCUCGCCAACGAGCUUAUGAUCAGAUACGGUGCUUCGCUGCGUCUAAAAGCACUAGCGAAAAUCGAGGCCAGGAAUAAGGACAAAAAAAAUCAAGAAAAUUAA